AUGGACCUGCCCGAGGAAGGGGGAAUCGCGAUCAUCGUGCUUGCUCUGGCCCUCGGGCUCGGGCUCGGGCUCGGCUUGAGGCGAAAACACGACGACGAUGCCCCAACUACGCAUCUACCUCCCGCCUCUGCUUCGCCUUCCGGCGCCGCAUGGCAGCCCGCCGUCAACUCGUCCUGGCAGAUCAUCCUGAGCUACCCCCUGGACAUCGACGGCGAUUCGCCCUCGGUGGAGCCCGACGUCGGCAUCUUCGACAUCGACCUGUUCCUCCACCAGAACUCGACCGUCAUCGACAGCCUCCACAAGCUCGGGAAGAAGGUCAUCUGCUACUUCAGCGCCGGGUCGUACGAGCCCGGCCGCCCGGACUCAUCGCGGUUCAACGACUCGGACCUCGGCAAGGAGCUGGACGGCUGGCCCGGCGAGUUCUGGCUGAACAUCAGCAGCCCAAACGUCCGCGACAUCAUGGUCGACCGGAUCGAACUCGCGAGCAACGUGGGCUGCGACGCUGUCGACCCGGACAAUGUCGACGGCUAUCAAAAUGAAAACGGCCUCAAACUCACCGCCGAGGACUCGGUCAGUUUCGUCAAAUUUCUUGCCGCAGAGUCGAGCAAGCGCGGGCUCGGGGUGGGACUGAAGAACGCGGCGGACAUCAUCCCGGACGUCCUCUCGGUGGUGCAGUUCUGCGUCAACGAGGAGUGCGCCGAAUACGACGAGUGCGACACCUUUUCCGCCUUCGUCGAAGCCGGAAAGCCCGUCUUCCACAUCGAGUACCCGCCGGGGGCCCCCGGGAAGGUUAGCAAGGAUGCCGUGUCGGACGCCUGCUCGGCGGCCGGCGCCACCGGCUUCAGCACUGUCAUCAAGACCAUGGACCUGGACGGCUGGGUCGAGUUCUGCGAUGGACAGACGGCGGAUACGGCUGUUGUGAAGGAUGAAUGAUUCUGUAGUUACUGUAUAUUAGAACCGUCGUCAGGUGUACAAUCUAAUACCUAAUUAUGGAAGGCCCCUGUCUG